CUCCCAUGACUCCUCCAUCAAGCUAUCCUCUCUUCAGUCUAUCAUGAAUGCUGCUGCCAGACUCAUCCACCUUACUAACCAUUCUGUAUCUGCCAUCCCUCUCUGCCAAUCCCUCCACUGGCCUCCACUCAGUGUCCUCCACCCCUCUCUGCCAAUCCCUUCAAUGGCCUCCACUCAGUGUCCUCCACCCCUCUCUGCCAAUCCCUCCACUGGCCUCCACCCCUCUCUGCCAAUCCCUCCACUGGCCUCCACUCAGUGUCCUCCACCCCUCUCUGCCAAUCCCUCCACUGGCCUCCAUUCAGUGUCCUCCACCCCUUUCUGCAAAUCCCUCCACUGGCCUCCACCC